CAUCAUCUUUUUAUUGCAGAAGAAAUAAAAAGCUAUUUUUAUUUUGUACAUCAGUUGGAUAUGUUGUUGUCUUUCCAUGCGAUCACUCACUGAAGUCUUGCACUGUCACAGUUGUGUAAUAUGGAGCUGAUUCUCUGCUUGCAGACAGUCCUGACCAUGAGAAGUGUGCGUGCGUGCUUCUGUCUGGCUCUGCUGCUUCCUUUGUGUGUUCAGAGCCAGAGGAGCAGUCUGGCUGUUGCCAAACUCGAUGAAGACACAGAGAGGGACAUGCUGGCUGUCGACAUCUUAAACCGCAACGGUGCGUUGAGCUCACUGCUCCGAUCACAGCAUCAUCUCGUGCUCAGGCGAGCCCCGCGCCCUGCCUCCCAGGUGCCAAAGAGAGCCCAGCAGGGGUCCCGUUUUGCUCUGUCCCUUGAUGUUCCCACCAGCAUCCUCAGUGUACUCAUAGACCUGGCCAAGAAUCAGGACAUGAGGACCAAGGCAGCAGCCAAUGCAGAGCUGAUGGCACGAAUAGGCAAGAGGAAAUGAAAGCCCCCUGGAGAAAUUUGAAGGCUUGAUGGAGGAAAUCUCACUUCACAACAGAGCUAACACAUUGCGGCACUGACACCUGGUUAGAAACAAUGUUAGUUCACGUGAAAGUAGUCAUUGCGGUCAGUAUCUGUCCUUUAGAGCUUAGAUCUGCUUUACUUUUAUACCGUACUUAUAUUUAAUCCAUUUACAUUCCACACACAAACCACACCGUGGACUGAUUAAUCACUACAGUGAUGUAAAAACAACAACAACAACAACAACAAUCACAACAAGGACACUGCAAACAAUGUAAGAUGAUGCUGGUGUUUAGUCUCAGCUACUCACCACUGGCUCCCAAACUGUGACUCGGAGAAGUGUUUUAUUGUAUUUGCAUGCAAUCCGUAGAAAACAUACAAUUAAAUCCAAUAUCAUAAUCCAUUUUUUCUCAAGUCUAAUUCAUUUCUGCACUGAUAUCAGGCACGCUUGCCAUAAUUACAAGCAUCAGCAGCCCAUAAAGCACAAAUGAAUGGGUCUCAGCCAAAUGAGCCUGCGUCACCCACAGCAGGCGCUGAUGUGUGAUAACAGGACAAAGACACACGCAGGAUAUUGACCUCUGAAAAGAAGAAGAGACCCUUUCUAAAAACCUUUGUUCACUACUAAUACAUUUGGCAAACAAGUCACAGCUAUUCUUAGCCUGAAGCCCUAUCUGCUCUGGAUUAGACUAACAUCUAUGGCAUAAUUAAUCUGUGCUCUUACACCAAGCAAGAAAUGUGAAGCAACAGAGUGAAAUAAACUGCUCAUCUGAUUUACACUGUGAGGCUUUUUUCUUCUUCUCUGUUUUAUGCUGACCAUGACUUUGGCUUGAUUUAAAUAUCAUCUUCACACUUUUGGACCUCAAAACUUGUGCUGAUAUAACAGAAACUAUAUGAAACAAAUAACUUCCGUUACUGUGAUUAUAAUACAAUAAAUAUAAGUAAAGAAGCCACUAAUACCCUGCUGAGCAGCAGACAAACUAUCUGGAAUUAAAAUAAAUGCUCUGACAGUUAUUUACACAAUAGUAUUAGAUUGUUGCCUUAGCUGGCAUUAAUUAGCUUGGGGUUGUUUACACUGCCAUGAGAAUAUUAUAACAGUAUUAUCUCUGUUUUUUUUUUUAAACCUUUAGCCUAAAAGCAUCUCUUGUAGCAGUUACCACGGGCGGUAAACCACAAAUAAAACAAGUGUUUCUGCUUUUAAACAGUAAUCUUACUCUGUGUUUAAGCUGGAGCUUUGUUUCCCAUGGCGCAGCUCUAUAGUCUGACGUAACUGUCUGGUGAAGCAUACUUAAAAUGUGAACUUAUUAUGAAGUUCAAAUAAAUAAAACUCACAUCAUCAUCACAAGGCAGUUAUCACCAUAAACCGCAACUGGAGUGUACUCUGAUUUAUGUAAUGAGCGCUCUCAUCUGUGACACCGCAGUCUUUAUUUGUCCCUUUCAGUUUGGCUUCAAAGUUGCUGCACGCAUUGGCUGAGACAGCUGCUAAGAGUACAGGAAAUACACUUGGACUGAACAUUUCAGUCACUGAGUAACCAUUUUUUCUCCUAACAAAACCUACAGUGUUUGCCUGUCUGAGCAUUAUUUGAGUAUUCCAAAUUUUCACUAUUCCACUGAUGAUGAGAUGAGAAAUGCUUUGUUUAUCCCAUAUCUUUUGAAUUGGACACUUUUAUAGUUGUGAUGGAGAGGAGGCUUGUGAGAGGAGGCAUAUUUGGGAAAUUCUUUUGAAUUUACCAAAUAACCUGUUGAAAAAAAUCUGGCAGAUGGUUCUUUGUCAGACAGAUAUAUUGUGUUAUGAAGGAUGCUAACGUGUGGUGUGAAAGAUUUCCCGUGUGUUUCUUUGUGACAGCAGAGCUGAAUCAGUCUGUUAGAGAAGGAGCUCUGCUGCCUGUCCAGUAAGUCAUGCAGAGGUUUUUCAGGAUUAUCCAUGACGGAUGAUGGUGUUUCAGAUGCCUCGUCUUCAUCACAGCUAUAAAAGUGUCCAGUUUGCAGCCAGUCAGAGGGCCAGCCUUCCUAAUCAGUUUAUUCAGACUGUUGGUGUCACCAGCUCUGAUGCUACUCCCUGAGCAGACCACAGCAAAGGACACUGAGUGAUGGAAAACCUCCAUCACUCAGUUGCACAUUGAAGGAGCUCAGCUUUUGUAGGAAAUAGAGCCUGCUCAUGCCCUGUUUAUACAGCCUGUGCUGGUCUUCCAGUUGUACUCCUCCACCAUAUCCAGAUCCUGUCCUGUAAACGACAAACAGAGAGGGGAAUGGAUUGUGCAGCCAACCUCUUCCUUCUGAAGUCCUUCACCAUCCUGGUGGUGUCACUGCUUCACAGAUGAUUCCU